CAAGAAACCGGAUAUUGGAUAUAUUUCGUUUCGUCUGCUGCUAAUUUUAAGUACAAAUUUCUACUUAUUAAUAAAUUUCUACAGAUACGGCAAAUUAAUGGUUUGAAAACUUUCAAUAAUUAUAAAUUUAGUUGCUAUAAACUCAUAAUUACACGUCGUUCCCUAAAUUUUGUUUCUUGUAAAUCAUAACCUCAAAACGCUUUGUUCACAAAAGUUCGUAUAUAGUGACAUUUAAAUAUUUUUCUAACUUAAUUUGUUAACGGCUAUUAUUUUAAAUAAUACAAAUGUGUUUGUGUUUAGGGGGGGUUAUAGCUUUCUUUGUGAAGAUAAUGUAGGCAUUUGUUCAUCAAGUGCAAGAAAAUAUUGGUUUCAAGGAUAAGUAGGUUAGGCUAUUCUUUUUCAGCAGUGAAAAGUGACAUAGGUUAAUUGAAAUGUCAAAAACUGGACACUCAGUGGGUAUAAUAAAACUUAUUAAUCAAUUAGAAAAAUGUUCAUCAUCUCAGUCGAUUUACAAGUUAUUAGUCCAAAUUAGAACAGAUGUAAUCAAAGAAGAUGAAGGCAUCAAGCUUUUACGAGACAAAGGAGGCUUGAAACGUAUUGUUAAAAUUCUAACCAAGCCAAAUGAAAAAAUACUUAAUGUAUCUUUAAGUAUUUUAGCAAACUGUUGCUUGCAAGAAGAAUGUCGAGAACAGGUUGUUGCUUAUGGAGGGAUUCCAAUAAUUAUUGGAAUUCUAAAAAACCUGAACCAGGAAAGUAUCCAAAGUCGUGCAUGCAGGCUGAUUGGAAACUUAACGCAGAACUAUAAAAUAGCUGAAAAGUUCCAUGAACAUCACAUUGUUCCAGUGUUGGUGUCCGUAUUGAACAGUAGUUCUACCCCUAGCACCCAGCAGAUGGCAAUUCGAACUCUCAGGUUGCUCUGGGAGGUGCCAAAGUAUCGGUUGGAUAUGCUGAAAGCAGAGGUAGUCAAAGCUGUCGCUGUCCACUUGUCUACAAAUGAUUGUGAUGUAAAAAGCGCAGUUAUAAAAGCUUUGGCCACCUUCACAAAAUCAUUGAAAUCAAGUGGAAUAGCUGUUCAGGCUCAAGGAGGCCGAGCAGAUCUCUCGCUGCUGGUACAAGAGGUGGGUGACCCCACUGCUAACCUCUGUCUAUACAAUCUCAGCUGCUUGGAAAUCUCUCGUCUGCAGUUGGUCAAGGAUGGGCUGGUGGAGCUUGUGGUGGCCAAACUCAACAAUGGAGUUGAUCACUGGCUUGCGAUGAUAUUCUUCCUCCUGUGUCAAGAUUCCAUUGGUAGAGCCCAUAUCCGCAACUGCGAAAGAGGCUUAGAACUUCUAGUUCAACUUUUACAGAUUACCAAGAGCAAGGUCAUCAGGUCUAAGGCGUUUCAGGCCCUGACCUACUUCCUGUAUGACAAGUCCAGUUUAGAGAUUCUUCUGGUAAACGGGCUAGUACCAGCUCUAAUCAAGAGUUUGGCAGAGUACGUAAUAAGGCAUGGUCGAGCCCACGAUAAGUGUUUGGCACUACCUGAGCCUCAGGCGGGCAGCGUAUCCCCCUGCUACUCCGGGCUAAGUCCUCCUGGACGGGGGGCGGGGCAGUGGUCCCCCCUCUCCGACUGUUCACCCCCUGCCUCCCCCGCCAGUGUCUACUCGCCCCUGUGUCUCAGUGAAGACGAGCUCGAGUGUACACCCACUCAGCCAGACGACGAUGUCAGUAUGACUCAGGAGGAGAUGAAGAUGGAGGAAGAGGUGAGUGAUGUGAAGGAGGAAGAGAUGAUCCUCAUAUUCCUGCACCAUAUUACCUACUAUGUUCACAUCCCGAUCACUGACCUGGUGGCCAAACUGACGAUCUCUACACUGAUCGACUACAUCAGCCUUGUCAGAGAAGCUAACCCGAAAGCCGGCCUUCUGCUGUGUGCCAUAGCAGGGAACAAGAACUACUACCGUCAGCUGUUGGAUGACCAGUUUGUGCUGACAGUGCACUGUCGCUUGUGCCGGCCGAACCACGAGUGUUGUGCGGAGUGCGAACGUUUGCUGGACGAGGGAACACGAGUCCUAUGCCGUGUGGCGGAGAUAUCACAAACCGGGCUCGGAGAGGGCGAGAUGACGUACAGGUUGCUUAAGGCUGAGGAUCCUGUCAAACUAUCAGUAUCACUGACAAUACCUCACGUCAUCAGUCAACGGGAACUGUUGUUAAGGUUGCUUUUCAAACAGAAAGCGAUCAACUAUUUAAUGGAUGCGUUGGAAACAACAAUAAUGACGCCAGUGGCGAGUCUACACGCACUCUUCAAGACAUUGGAAGUGGCUAACCCACAAAAAACCAUGGAGAUCUGCUCCCACUGCAAUGUUGGGAGUUUGCGGAAAGAGGGAACAAUCACAUUUGUGCUUGAUGACGGCUCAACAGUAUCUGCAAACAAAUCAACCCUCUGCAACAACUCACCAAUGUUCGAGGCGAUGUUUCGUGGUGGUUUUAAAGAAUCAGAACAAACUGAGGUGAGGUUGACUGAUAUCUCUGCAGAUUGCGUCACUUACUUUUCUCGAAUCAUUGAUACCUACUGUGAGUGUAUCUUGCCGAAGGACAUAAGGACGUUACUGGAACUUAUCGUGGCGUGUGAUCGUUUCCUAGUGCCAGAACUGACCUCCAAGAUCCUCUCUGUCGUGAUGAACCACAGCCUGAACUAUAAAACGUGUUGUGUCGUGUACGACUGGGCGCUGGAUGUCGGAUACAAAUACCCAAUCAUCGGAAGUAUCACUACGGACGUUGUAAAGUUUGUGCUUGUAUCACAAAUGACCCCUAAACAAAGGGUGGAAGCCGUCACACUUAUGAUGAGUGGUGGGCAUAAGAAGGAACUUUUAGAAGAUAUACUGGACAUAAUUAAAAGUGAGUUGUUGUUUUGGAAUUAGUAUUCCAGGUAGGUUGGUCAGCAGUUGUAUUCUGAUAAAAUGGUUACACUCUAAAUAAUUCUAUUCAAUCUGAAAUGUUAUUUAAUUUUUAGGUUAUGAUCUUAGUCUAGAUUUUACCAUUUUUAUCAAAUUGGAUAAAAUGCAGUUGGAUUAAAACCGUGUUUAUUUGUUAUGCAGUGCAAUUUUAAAAUUUAUAUAAUUUGUUUUAGUGCGAGCUCACAAAUCAGAAGCUAUACGUUGGACUUAUAGGUUAAAAUUCUUGCUAGUUAGUUUUUGGUGGAAACCGAAAGAAAAAAAUGGCUAUUUAGUUAACCAGCUAGCUUAUGAAUUUGCAUUAGUGAAUAUACUAACUUCAAAAUAAGCAGUUUUAUAACUUCGAAUUUGAGAAUCAGUUUUCCUUUAUCAUCUUGACAUAAAGAUGUCAGGGUGGUGACGUGAUGCGUUUUUGGCAUAAGAAAUUGGACUUCAGCCUACUAAUAAAACCAAGACUCGAACUACCAUGAUUACAUCUAAAAGAUUCUGUUCUAAACGGUUAUUGGAACAUUAAUUACACCUGUCAUAAACAGUAGAUCUUAAAUAGUAACAUCACUGUACCUUAUUCAUAUAUUAAUACUCUUAUUUAUUUAAUAUUCAUCACGUAAUACUUGGAUGAUUAUAUAAUUACACUCCAUCCCCAUUGGUAGAAGAAUUAUAAAAAGCAAUAAGAGAAUUAUAAAAAAUAUGUUGGCUUUUAAUUACACACUUAUUAAUUUGGUGCCCUCUUAAGCAUUGGGCAUUACGUAGAUACAAUUGGUUUUAGGUCAUCUCCGACUUGUCCAGUUCCUUCUAUGUUGUAUAAACUUGCUGUAGUGGUCAUACUGAGCCACAGUUCAUCUACCACUUGCACGUGGAACACUCCUCCUCCAUUCCACAGCCAUGAUUUCCUUCGCAGAAUAAUCCUCACAAAUACUUCAAUGAAGGGAGUUUUUGUACCCCUCUGUCUCAAUAACAGUAUCCGGUCUUAAAAGAACAUAAAUCUAUAUGUUUAGAAUUUAAACAUAACAUUCCAUUACAAUGUGCAUUUUUCUGCAACCAAAUUAAUUUAUAUAAUUCUCAAUAUCGUUACAAAUACUGUUCGCAAACUUAGAGCUGUUCUUUACUAAUUGGUAGUUUUGUUAGAGAAUAGUAAAAUUGAUACAGUCUCUUUGAAAAAACCCUAUUCAAACAAAUACAUUUAAUAUUGUGAACAAGUAUAAUUUGCUAAGGUCAUGUUGAGAACAUUAAAAAACCUCAACAUUUUUGCAUCACGCAGACUUAACAUUCAGUACCAAAAAUGUACAACAGAACCAUUGUAUGAAUAUGACCACUAUGUGGAUGAUCAAAACGACUGUUUUUUCUUAAUUAUUUCCAAACAGUUGCUGAUAACAAAUUCAACUUCAGGAAUAUUGUUUUCCUAGUUAAAUAAAAAUCUACAUCUUUCUACAUCUAGUAAAGUAUUGAAGGUCCAUUAAUAUAUAAUAUAAUGUUUCAAAGAGCAAAACUAAGGGCAUGGAAAACAUUUUAUUUCCUUAAAAUUAGUUUUUGUGAUCAUGAAAAUCAAAGGUGGAACUAAGGUCAUGUAAUACCUAUCUAAGUAAAACAUGGAAGAAAAUGCUUCCCCAAGAUGAGUACAAUUAAUGUACAAAAUGCUCAGGUCUGCAAAUAUUUUAAAUUAAACUUUUAAAGAGCUUCCAGAAGAUUUUUUGUCAAUUUUUAAUGCAUUGCAAACAGAAUGUAAUGUUACAUGUUUUAACAUCUUGUUAAAAUUGUUAAUGGUGGUUUGCUAUGUAUUCUUUAUUUUUAAAAAUGCUUUAAACAUCUUCUGUUUAUGAUGCAAUUUAAGUUCUUUUCUUUCCUUCAAACAAUGUAAAAAUUAUUUUUAUUACACCAAAUAAUAGUUUUUAUUAAACUUCUUGUAUAAUAUUUAA